AUGGAGGUGAGUGAAGAGGCAGCCAUAAUCAUUGACAACGUCAAGUUUAGGCCCGUGGUGGGCAAGGCUCGCGCGAAGAAGGGCGGAGAGGAGGCGCUGCGCACGUAUGUGGGCAACGACGUGCUGAACGCCGACAUCGCCCUCAACAACCUGCGCACGCCGUUCGACUCCAGCAUCGUCACUCGACUCGACGUCCAGGAGCAAAUCUUGGACCACAUCUUCACGAACCUACGAAUCGAUAGCGAUCGCAUCACCAACCCCAUCGUCAUGACCGAAGUCCUGUGCAACCCCAGCUACUGCAGACAACAGAUGUCGGAGCUCCUGUUCGAAUGCUACGGGGCGCCGUCGGUGUGCUACGGCGUGGACGCGCUGUUCUCGUACUACUUCAACAAGAAGCGCCUGCCGUUGGAGGGGCGCGACGGGUUGAUCAUCGCCAGCGGCAACCUCGCGACGCACCACCUCCUCAUCGCCGACGACAAGCUCGACGGAUCGGCAGUCAAACGAAUUCCUCUUGGCGGCGGGCGAGCGACCGACUUUCUGCAGCAGGUGCUGCAGCUCAAGUACCCCUACGAGAAGACGCUGUUCGCCACCCCUCGAGUAGAGCAAAUGAAAGAGCAGCACUGCUACGUGGCGUUGGACUACCUGGAGGAACUGCGGCUCUUUCACUACGACCGGGACUUCACAAACCGGCAGAUGCGGACC